AUGAAUCGAUCCUUGUUUUUAUUGACUAUUUUAUUCAUUCAACUUCAAAAUGUGUUAUGUCACAUUCAAACGAAAUUCUAUACAGGUGAACUAUCCCAAGCUGGCGUUCAAAUAAUGGGAAGAUUUCGUCAUGGUCUUGAUUCGUCGAAAAUAGUUGCAGUGAUUCCUCUGAUUGAACAUGGACCAAACAUAUUUAUUGGCGCCGGUCACACUGCUGCUAAAGGUUAUCUAGUGGAUUGGUUUGUUGAUACUAUCUAUUUUCAAUUCAAAGUUCCCGCGCCAUUCUUUGAAAACACUUUUGCCAUUAGUCAACGGCCAUAUCGCGUGACUAUUAUGUAUGAUGAUUAA